AUGAGUCUUAAAAGUACUUCACUGUGCCAGGUAGAUUUUCGUGUUGCCAAUAACGCGUAUAAUAACCGUCAAGUGUUCAGUUGCUGUCCAGUAGUGAAAGUCGCAUUUGCACCACCAAAAGUUGGAAAUGACGAAGAACUUGAGGUGACGGUUGGUAAAGGGAUUACGAUGAACUGUGACGUUGAACAAGAGGGACCUCAGUCGACCAUCACAUGGCUCUUUAAUGGUUCUGAAAAUCUGCCUCCAAACGCACAAGUUGUGCUUCAUGGUCGUCGCUUAUAUGUUGACGAGACAAGUCUUCUCAAUCAAGGGUUGUAUCAAUGCCGUGUAAGAAAUACUGCCGGUGAAAGCAUCAAAAACUUCAAAUUGCGCGUGAUUGCGCCACCCGAAUUCGUAGAGAAAGAGUAUAUGGAUAAUAUUCAAAUCACCACUGGUAUAGCCUUAACACUGACGUGUUAUGUGAACGGUAAUCCUCAGCCGACGAUCAGGUGGCUUCGAGACGGACGUGACAUUCAUGACAAAAGCGCAGCAUUCAGUGAUUCCAAUCAGAAACUCAUCAUACAGCAUACUACAAAUGCUAACCACAGGUACAGUCAUCGCAUAGAAGAUAAUUAA